AUGGCCAAAUUUAAACAAGACAUCUUCCAAGAAUUUCAAGAAAGGCAUUUUAGGGUACCUUGCGAUUAUAAACCUACAGACGUCCAAGUCAUUGAAGUGAAAGGUUUCGAGACAGAUACCCAAACUUUUCGGUCAUUUUCAGUCAAACCGGACGAAUUAGGGAGCUGGUUCUCAGAUAAACAGACGAACCGCGCGAAUGACACCAACCACUAUGGGCAUAAACUACGUGUUGUAAUCGGAUAUCUUGGGAAAGGGGUGAAAAACGACUACGUAAUGCACGAUCAAAAAUUCGCCCCAGGAGAUAUUCCCCCGGGCGCAUCAAUCACCACGCUACCCUUCUCACAAGAGCACUACCAACUCAUCUGUCAAAAGUUUAGUUUACCUAAGGUCACAUAUUUACUAGUAGAGCGGGGGGUUAGGACAUUAAGAGGCCACUUCCAAGUCACAAAGAUGCCAUCCGAGCAGGGGAGGAUCAUCUACAGCUUUUCUUUGAGUUCGUUCAGUAGCCUGUUGAUAGGUACCAAGUUAGCGGCUUCAAUGUCGUACUGCCCUUCAACGGGUGUAACUAACGCAUUGGUACUUGGGAGUGGUGAGCAGGAUGGGUUUUCAUGGCUACAACAAGACCUAGAGCAGCUAGCACCCCUGUCUGAUAGCCCCUUUCUCGUGCCGAUGAUAAUCUGUCAGCGCCUCACUGAUGCUAUCAGUGACUCCGUGGAUGGGAUCUCUAACCGAUUACAUCAGGUGGAGAUUGGAAGCGGCCAGACGGGCAUUAUGAUUGUUGGCGAUAACGGAUUGCCCAUGCCACGAGGACAUUGUGAAGACCCCAACUUAUCUGUCGCUAUCCUUAGUGUGGCCCAACAACUGGUUGCUGUUGAAGCCUACAUCAAAGGCCAUAGUGUUACUGUGCGCUCUGUUAAGAGUGAAAUGUUGGAAUUUCCAUGGCACCAGUUCCCUAGUACCAAUAGUGAUGAGGUACGGGAGCAAAACAAGCUUAUUGCCAAACAGCUUGACUUCAUUGAUCGCAGCCUAAGUUUCGCUCUUUUCGGAGUUGAGCAUCUGAAGCAGAGGGCAAACGUACAGGCAACAGCUAUCAACAAUUUAUUUGCUCAGCGUAAUAGUGAGAUGAAUACAAUGUUGGCAGAGUCUAGCACAAGCAUCGCGCGCGACACAAGACGAGAUGGCUCCGCUAUGAAAUCAAUUGCCGUUUUGACUAUGGUCUUUCUUCCUGCGACUUUUAUUGCAACAUACUUCGGCAUUCCUGCGGUGGAAGCAUCGCAGCCAUCACAGGGGAUUUAUUGGGCUGUGACGGUGCCACUAACCUUGGUUGUCCUUUUUAUGUGGAGGCUAUAUUUCUACUUCUGCGUCGUCAAGAAGGAUUAUUGGCGGUUCGGCAAGCGUCGUGAGACAACAAAUUUAGAUGAUCUAGUUCCUGACUAUUAA